CGCAUCCAACAGUGGACCCAACAAGAGCAAACCUUCCUAAACAUCCUCCUGUUAAAUUUCAACGACCCAUCAUCGUGGCAUCGGCCAAUCGAAAAUCAACAAUCUGAGACGUGUACUUGGACUAGUUCGUUUUAACACGAUUUUCUCCAAAUAGCCUGAAGAUUUAAGAAUGACUCUCAUUUCGGGACCUAGCUAUGAAGCCUACUCAUGGGGAGCCCAAGGUUCCAAGCUCGGCAAUCAAACGGUAGUGGACAAGGUUCCUCCUGACAUGCUACACCUGAUCGAUGCCCAUUGGUACCAGUACCCACCGCUAAAUCCUUUAUGGCAUUCGUUGCUUGGCCUUGUGAUAGGUGUACUUGGUUUCAUUUCCGUUUCCGGGAAUGGUAUGGUCAUCUACAUAUUCCUAUCGACAAAGAGUCUUCGUACACCGAGCAAUUUAUUUGUCGUUAAUCUCGCCAUUAGUGACUUCGGCAUGAUGCUCUGUAUGUCUCCGCCUAUGGUAAUCAAUUGCUAUCACGAGACAUGGGUACUCGGACCAGUCUUCUGCGAAGUCUACGCGAUGUUGGGCUCCUUGUUCGGAUGUAGCUCCAUAUGGACGAUGACAAUGAUUUCAUUCGAUAGAUACAACGUAAUCGUGAAAGGUUUAUCUGGGAAGCCACUGACCAUUACCGGAGCUAUUCUUCGUAUAUUCGGUGUAUGGGGCUUCUCUUUGAUUUGGACUGUUGCGCCUAUGUUGGGCUGGAAUCGAUAUGUACCCGAGGGUAACAUGACUGCGUGCGGCACCGACUAUUUCAGUCAGGACUUUUCGUCUGUCUCUUACCUCGUCAUGUAUAGCAUAUGGGUAUACUUCGCUCCGCUGUUCCUCAUCUGUUACAGCUAUUGGUUUAUCAUCAAGGCGGUUGCCGCUCACGAGAAAAAUAUGCGCGAACAAGCGAAAAAGAUGAACGUUGCCUCUCUGCGAUCAUCCGAAAAUCAAAGUACCAGUGCCGAGUGCAAACUGGCAAAGGUUGCUCUUAUGACGAUCUCCUUAUGGUUCAUGGCAUGGACUCCGUAUCUAGUCAUCAACGUCUCCGGCAUAUUCAACCUCAUGAACAUCACUCCUCUCUUCAGUAUCUGGGGCGCUGUAUUUGCCAAAGCCAACGCUGUCUACAAUCCAAUUGUUUAUGGAAUUAGCCAUCCAAAAUACCGAGCAGCACUCUUCCAGAAGUUCCCAUCGUUGGCAUGCGCGAGCGAACCAGCACACACGGACGCAACCUCCACUGUUUCUGGUACCACCACCGUUGCGGACAGCGAAAAGUCCAACGCGUAAAACAGCAACGCACUUUCGAUCGAUCGAUCAAAGAACAAUGAACAGUAUAAAUAAAAAUACGCCCGGCUAGGAUAAGGAAAGGACGAUACGACGUUUAAUUACAGACACGAUUUGUAAAUAUUAAUAUCGGUUAUCGUGUUGAGAGAUACGUUCAAUUCAAAAUUCUACCCGAGGGAAAAAACCAUCACCUGAAAAGCAUAUUCAUUUCGAUCAGAGUAUGUCUCCAAUAUACGGAAUUGCUCUAACGCGCGGUAUUAAAUGUAUAAUCUUUUAAUCGCCUAUGAUCGAUGAACGUAUGAUUCUCAUUUACACCACAAUGGGAAUUAUUUUAACAUCAAAUCAUAGGAAAAGAUUCGAAUUUUCUACAUUUUAUUGCCCAGCAAUAUACAUGGUCACUUUGGUAUAGCAGGCAUCAGCUCUAUGUUUACUAACUAGGUAAACAUGUUUCAUAUUAUUGUAAGAUAUGAUGAGAGUGUCGUGUCUGUAUCUUAAUUUUAUAAAUACGAAUAAACACUGCAAGCAACAAGAUAA